CAAUACAUUAAACAGUGUGAAAUAUUUUGGUGUGCAGAGAGCUGUAAUAGACAGGUCGCUAUUGAUGGCGUUACUCCGCAUCCAAGGCGAUUGGUAUAUUUAUAUUUGGCUUAUUUACUGCAAAAUCUAUUCGGCCAUUAUAUGGGUGUUCGGUAAUCACUGUCGCGGAGCUGAUAAGGUCCGUUCGGUGAUAACCGCCGGGGCCGGCGUACAGUCGCCCGCAGGCCUUCACCGAGUGCGCUCGCGCCGCAGACGAUCGCAGCACCAGACCCGAACCAAGCUCGUCGCGUUAGCCAGGAGACCUUCGCUGAGGAGAAUCGUGAUGGCCCCAGGAGCGAACGCCGCACACGCUAUGAUGGAGGACAAAGAGAAGACUCUUCACGGAGCUUUAGCCACCGGUGAGUUCUUAAAAACAAAUUUAUUUUCGCACCGGUUUUUCGAAGACAUAAACAUUUGGAUGUGCAGUUGCGGAAGUUUAGGAAAUUCUGUGAAACGUUGGUCGCUGCCCAAAUCGGUCAAGUGAUUUCUUCGCGGCCCU